AUGUCGCCGCAGGCAUCCCUUGUCAACCCAACAGUGGGCAACGUCUCAGAUCUCGUGAACAGACAGCUGUUGGAAGCCACGGCUGCGACGACAUUGCCUCCUCCGCUUAUGGUAGAAGCGUUGACAGAAGCCUUCUUCAUGCACCUUCACCCGCGGAUGCCGAUUGUCGACCGCGCAGAUGUCGAGGUGGCAGCCCCGUCGAUAGUGUUGAUACAGGCUUUGUGCAUGGUUGGAAGCCUGAUCCGGCACCCCAAAGGCUCAAGCCCCCUGGCGGAAACCGAGCUCUUGUACGCCAAGGUCAAGGCAUUGCUUCAAGCGGGCGUGGAGAAGGACAACCUCACCACCCUGAAGGCGCUGUGUCUUUUCAGCUGUUGGAAUGUGACGCCACCCUCCGUAGUCAGCCUAGACUGCGCGUGGUUCUGGCUCGGAGCGACGAUACGGUUUGCCCUCCACAUGGGACUGCACCAAGAGUCGACCGUGUCCAAGUACCAAUCCCCAGCUGCUCGCCGGAUCGCGUGGUACUUGUUUGCAAGUGCCAAGUAUCUCCCGUCCGGCCGGUGA